UGCUCGCUCCAGCCGCGCCGACAAGCAGUGCAAGCCGCACACCAACGCCACUCCGGCACCACGCACACCAUGAAGGUCCUCGUCGUGCUCGCCGCCUGCGUCCUCGUCUGCAGCGCUGCCGCCGUGGACGACGCGGAGCGCGAGAAGGCCAAGCAGAUCAAGCAGCAGUGCAAGCAGGAGGCCGGCGCCACAGACGCGGACGUCAGCGAGCUGAAAGAUAAGGACGAGCUCACCUCUCCAGCGGCCAAGAAAAUGAUGGCUUGUGUCUUCACUAAGAACAAAAUUAUGCAGAACAACAAGUUCUCCAAGGAGGGCUCCAUGGAGGUGGCGCGGAAGCUGAUGGCCGGCAGGCCGGGCAGCGAGGCCAAGCUCAAGAUCGCCGAGCAGAUCGCCGAAAACUGCAACAAAGAGAUCGGCAGUGUGGAGGCCUCCGGCGACGAGAUGGCCAAACUCAUCUUCGACUGCCUGAAGAAGCAAGCGAAGGAGUACCUGACCGCCAUGAACUUUGUUCCGCGAGAGAAAGUCUGACCCGCACGGCCGUUGCGGUUGCCACGCCAAUCGAAGUAAAUGUCUCAUCCGUGAGCAAAAGUCAGGUGUAGGAGUCCGGCCGUGCCCGCAUCGCCGGAGACUGGGGUAUCUCCGCGUGGACCGUACCGUCAGCCUGGGACGACUCGAAGGACUCGAACUCGUCUAGUGCGUCGCUGGUGCAGCGCGGUAGAUACUCCGGUUUCUGAGGGCUUUUGUCGGCGACUCUACCCCCACGCGCCCCGCCCACUGUCAG